UUAAUAUGCGAGAUCUCGCCGCGAACGAAAUAAAAAUAGUAUGUAUAGUAAAUUUGUUGGAGCAUUCUACGGAUCUGGUCUUAACUAGUGUUAAAGUUUAGAGUCGAGCUCGUAGGGAGAAUUGACGCCCGCUCUACUCCGCCAGUCUUGAAAUUCGGAUUCGUCGCGUCGCCGUCGCUCGCUCGCUCGCUUUGUAAAACAUACUCCUAUUUGCAUUUGCAUUCGCCAUCGUUUUUUAUUUUAUAAACAGGCGGCUUUUUACCAGAUGGCGGUACUAAAAUACUCAUAUGUUUGCCAUGCAUCUCGUCCACAACAGCAACAACAACUAAAAUAAUAAUAAUAAAAGAGGGAAAAAUUUCCAAACUUUUUUUUACCGUUUCUUGCCCGAGUUCGUCGUGUUAUUUUCAUUGUAAAUUCAUCGUCGAAUAGUCGUCAUGGACGAGCAAAUCGAAUGAAAAUCAUCAUGCGCGAUUCGAAUCGCGAAUUUUCUUUUUUGUGUCUAUACUUUGCUGUUGUUUUGUUUUUUUUUCGUUUUUUGUUUUUAUUAAAUUGUGCGCGUUGAUGGUGUCGCUUUACUUCGAUUUUGUGUUUUCUUUAUUUAAAUACCCACGAUUCCCUUGUCGUCUAAUUUCUCGUUGUUGUGUUCACUGGAUGCGAGCUUAAUGUUAUUUGCGAGUACUCGAUAAUCGAACGCCUAUUUACUUACUACACCUUAGCUGGAGUGCAGAAAUCGCCAAAAUGAGCACCGUUGAAGAAGUGUACGAAGGUGAAAUCACCAGAACAGUCACCAGAAGGACUAGUUUCAAAAUAAAAGAGACAUCAUCCAAGAAAACUACCACUACGAUGACAACGCCGGCCAAAUUAGUCAGCACGAAUUCGACCGAUAUCAAAAAAUACGAAGACAUGGACGUGGAUCAGCUACUAGCCCAGCUGUCUCCCGAAGAAAUUCAAAUCCUAGCUAAAGAAGUCGACCCCGAUGAUAGUUUAUUACCUCCUUCGCAAAGAUGCAGCUACGAAUGUUCCAAAGAACCAACCGGACCUGUGAAUAGGAAGAAAUUAAUCGAACACAUAAACAAACAAGCGUUAGAAUCGCCAGACAGACCCGAAGCGAAACCUUACGUAGCCGGUACCGUAAGAGGCAAAAAGUGGGUGCCUCCUCAAAAUGCUAAUCAAAAAGGAGAAAAUGAAAAAAUUGCAAUUGAUCUCGACGACGAAUACGAAGUUGCUUUGAAUAAUGCGUCGCAAGAGGAAAUUAUUGACCUUGCUGCAAUAUUAGGAUUCCAUUCGAUGAUGAAUCAAGACCAGUAUCACGCUUCGUUAUUAAAUAAAGGUCAGCCAGUCGGCUUGGGCUGGGAUGGUAUUACGAAAGCCACGCAGCCAAAAGCUUUCCCGCCGGAACCGCCCAAUAAUACCGAUCCUGACGAAUCGAUAAGACGAGUAAAAGAUGACGAUCAUCAGCUAACUGAUUUAAAUUGGAAUAAUAUAAAAAAUAUUUCGGACGAAAAGUUCGAACAGUUAUUUGCCGCUUUGCCUGGUAAUACGCAUUUAGAAACGUUAAGCCUCAGCAAUACCGGCCUGACGGACCGAACAGCCACCAAAUUGGCCGAUGCUCUAGAGAAAAAUAAUACGCUAAAAGUUGUAAACGUCGAAACAAAUUUUAUCAGCCCUGUUAUAAUCGUUCGUUUGUUCAAAGCAUUGCUCAAACAGAAAGUUAUCGAAGAAUUCAGAGCGUCUAAUCAGAGAUCGCAAGUGCUGGGUAAUAAAAUUGAAAUGGAAAUCACGAAAUUGGUGGAGCAAAAUCCGACGAUACUAAGGUUGGGUUUACAUUUGGAAUACAAUGACGCGCGACACCGAAUCUCAGCCCACCUGCAACGUAAUCUCGAUAGAAUAAGGAAAGACGUACCAUUACGGAGUAGAUUCAGAUUUUUCAAAAUGGUUCCACCGGUUAAAAAAAUUUUCGGAAAAAAAUUUACCUAGAUCCUAUCGCCUUUCGCCUUCGUUACAUAAUUACGUAGGUCGUUCGCGUCGUAUGGGUCAUUUUGCGCGACAGUUCACUGGCGGUUGGGUUAUUCGUCAUCAUUUUGCCAAAUAGUUAACGGAUUUUUAUGCACCAGCGAGUAUUUUUUAGCCAUACUAUCGCAUAAGACAUUAUAAUGUUUAAUGUAUUACCUAUGAGACAAGCGUCAAACGUUUUCUGUAUACCUAUACGGUUUUUUUUUUUCUUCUUUUUUUCCAAGUAGAGUCUGUUAUUAGAGCAGGAAAAUAACGUAAAAAAGCUAGGGCGAAAAGGAAAAAAUUGGCACAUAAAUUUUUUCUUCGGGAAUGUGUUCAGAUGGACCCCCUGAACUACCAAAAAACCCCGAACCUCCUACCCCUGGAGCUAAUUUUUUUAGGGGGCUAAAACCGGUUGCGAUUCACGUUUUUUGCGUUUUACUCCGUAGAUAUUAGGUUUAAGUGAAAAACUACCAUGACAAAAAAUGUUCCCCUUCAAAUUCUCGAUAAUUUGAUACUACUGUCGAUACCCAUCCCUCAAGGGGGGUGCCUAAAAAAAGGGGUGGAAGAGUAGGUGUUUCAAAAAUCGUCAGUCCAAUAAAUUGAUCAAAGUUACCACUUAAUAUCAUUCGUUUUCGCUCAAUUUUUUUUUACAAGGUCUGAUCACCCAACUAAUAAUCAAACUGCCAUUGGUUUGUCUUCAACCCACCCCGGGGGCUCGUGGGGGUUGCUUGAUUUUUCAGGUAACACACCACCGAAUUAUAUAUUUGAAAAACGAAUCUCGACGUGCGAUAUGUCGAAUAGUAUGUUUUUAAGGUCGCUGAAUACGAAUAUGAACUUAUUUUUUGGGUACAACCCCUCCAAGCCCUCCUGUGCCCCAAUAAGGGGGUCAAAAUUUUGAAAAAUCGUGAAAAGUCGAGUGAUACAUCGAAUGAUAUUUUUUCGAAGUUGCUGAGUACGAUUAUGAACUGUUUUCUGCUUACGAUUCCUCAAAACCCCCUUACGCUCCCCUAAAUAGGAUAAAAUCUCACCCAUCAAUAAGUCAAGAGAUAUAAAAACAACAAUCAUUUGUGCAUUGAGUAUAUGAAUACGCCGUCACAGAUCUUCCACAUGGAUUAGAGUUGCAGCAUGACGUGCCUUUACAAUUCUCGCACGUAUCCGAGCACUUCAAACCUAUAAACAGAAUGAAACGAUGACGAUUAUAGUGAGUCAAUUUUUUUUUAGACUUCCUUCAAAAUGUAGAUGUUUUCAUCACCUAAUUUAAUUCAUUGAUAAAUCAGUCACCAUUUGCAAGGUUUCCUGGUUGAAGUCGGCAUCAGCGAAUAUGAUUUUGGCUAAAGCUUCUUGCAUUAAAAAAUGAGCUCGAAUGGCGCGAGCAUAUGCAUGCCCAGUUGAAAUUUUCUCGAUGGAGUUGGGGGUAUAAAUUAACAUCAAUGCAUCGCUGAGACCACUGCCGGACAUGAAAUUUCCUACACAGCCCAAAAACGACAUCAGUGUAUGAAAUCCUCCGAGUCGAAUGACGAUAUCUUUCAAAUCGAGGCUGUGAACGAUGUCCAAAGCUUUAAUAUACAGUGGUUGGUCAAAAGUAACAAACGUCGUUUUCUGACCUAAUUUGGAGCUUUUUUGUUUUGCAAGCUGCAAUGACCUGUAUAUAGAAUCGUAAUUUGUUGGAGGCAGGUCAAUAAAUGGUUGAAAUAUAAUAUGAGAUGUUUCGUACGAUCGAUCAGCAUUGAUGCUCUGCAUAAAACCAUUCCAGCCGCCGACUGACAGUCCCAAACAUUUACCAGCAAACCACAAAGCAUCAUGUGGUGUCAAUAUUUCAGCUUCACGUUCGUUCGGUAAGAUUUCAUCUAUAUUGCACAUUUUGAUUGUGUGUAAACCAGUACCAUUAUUCGGACGAUGGAAAGUAAGAGUUGAAAUUCUUCCAAAUUCGGCCAGAGUCUCUUUAGAAGGUAAGAACUGUUUUCAACGAUCUUGAAAAUAUAAUAUUCGAUAUAUAUUACACUAUUUCUGGCCACUUUUAAAAAUAUUAUCCUAUUUAGAGGAGUGUAAGGGGGGUUUUGAGGAAUCGUAAGCAGAAAAACAGUUCAUAAUCGUACUCAGCAACUUCGAAAAAAUCAGUCGACUUUUUGCGAUUCUUCAAAAUGUUGACCCCCUUUUUGGGGCACAGGAGGGCUUGGAGGGGUUGUACCCAAAAAAUAAGUUCAUAUUCGUACUCAGCGACCUUGAAAACGUACCAUUCGAUGUAUCACUCGACUUUUCACGAUUUUUUAAAAUUUGGCCCCCCCCCCCCUUUGAGGCCCAGUGGGGCUUGUAGGGGUUGUACCCAAAAAAAAUAAGUUCAUAUUCGUACUCAGCGACCUCGAAAACGUAUCACGCGACUUUUCACGAUUUUUCAAAAUUGUGACCCCCUUUUUGGGGCCCAGAGGGGCUUGGAGGGGUUGUAUGCAGGAAAUAAGUUCAUAUUCGUAUUCAACGACCUUAAAAACAUACUAUUCGACAUAUCGCACGUCGAGAUUCGUUUUUCAAAUAUAUAAUUCGGUGGUGUGUUACCUGAAAAAUCAAGCAACCCCCACGAGCCCCCGGGGUGGGUUGAAGACAAACCAAUGGCAGUUUGAUUAUUAGUUGGGUGAUCAGACCUUGUAAAAAAAAUUUGAGCGAAAACGAAUGAUAUUAAGUGGUAACUUUGAUCAAUUUAUUGGACUGACGAUUUUUGAAACACCUACUCUUCCACCCCUUUUUUUAGGCAUCCCCCUUGAGGGAUGGGUAUCGAGAGUAGUAUAAUUUUUGUCAUGGUAGUUUUUCUCUUGAACCUAAUAUUUACGGAGUAAAACACAAAAAACGUGAAUCGCAACCGGUUUUAGCCCCCUAAAAAAAUUAGCUCCAGGGGUAGGAGGUUCGGGGUUUUUUUUUGGUAGUUCAGGGGGUCCAUCUGAACACAUUCCCGAAGAAAAAAUUUAUGUGCCAAUUUUUUCCUUUUCAAAACCGCUAUUUGCCUGCUCUAUAUUAAUGAAAAAUAUUUUUUCCUUCAUUUUUGUUGUACCUUUUUAAUCAAAAUGCGAAUCGUUUGCACAUUUUAUUUAUACGUACCUAUUUAUUGUAUUUUUUUUUCAUUUUGCCCUUCUUAUUAAUAUCGUUAUAAUUACGCUAACAUCGAGCAUGCUGGCGGCAAGUAAACAAUAGUUGAUGUCCAAUUAAAAGCGAUCACCUUUUGUUUAAACUUUAAUGAUACCUACCUAUUUUAGCUUUAUUAAAUAUAAUUUUUUUCAUUUCUUUUUUGAA